ACCCUUGCUGCGUACACACUCAAUUGAACCGUGAUUGUUUUUUCCAGAUUACAAACGUCGCCAAUCUGAUCAACCCCUGGCCCGGCUUGCAUUUCUCGCAGAUUGAGAGUUAUUCUCUCGUAGAUUUUUUGUCUUAGUUGAGGACCAAUUUAUUCUUCAUUUUUCCUUCAACUAAUUUUCGAUUUAAUACACCGCUGCAUUCAUAAACAACACCUUUCACAUUGCAACUAUUCAUCACUUCAAACAAAUUCAAUACUCGCUUUCAUUUUGACAAUGGGUGAUAACAGCAACUCAACCACACCACUUCGCAACCAGCGGCCGACACUCAUCGAAAUACCAACUUUAAGCAACGGAAAUCCUAGCGUUUCGGCAAAUGCGUCUUCACACUCGGGCAAUCAGCGGUCGCGGUCGCAUAGAGGUUUAGUCUCGCCAGCGAACGCCUUGAGGGGAAAUUCUCGAUUUCAAAAUAUCAGCCAAGUCGCCGGAUUCGACCGGCAGCACAGUGGGAGGCGGAGAAGUGACCGCGUCAAGAGGCUGGAAGGUACAAAACCGUACUUACCCUUGAGCCCUGCGCAAGUCAGUCCGAAAUCCAAGUCAGACAUUUCAGAUCCCUAUUACACACCGGAAGAUUUAAUUAACACUAGGUAUGCCAGGCGAACUAGCAAACCGAACACACCCAAGGUCGAUGGAUCGGUCUUUGCUGCGGCCUCUCGUGCGGCGAGCGAGAAGACGAAUAAGGAUCUGCAAAUUCCCGACGACCAAAUUAUGGAGAUUAACUCGGACAACAGCUCCGACGAAGAGACCGUCACCAUGGGCCGCGUGUCGACGCUCAGACAGCCAGAUUCUAGCGAUCUUACCCCGGUGCCGCCAAUCAUUACAAAGAGCGUGGAGAGGACGGUGGACGGAUUCAGCAGCCCAUACAGACCGAAUACCUUGCGACUGGCGAGCAUACACAGCCCUGGCACUCCAACCAAAAUGACCUCUGCGGGUGCGCCCAGAAGAUCGUCUGGGUUUGGAAUGCAUAUGCUGUUCCCAACCGUCGAAAAAUCAACCCACCCGGCUACCAAGGUUGUUGACCGCCUGCGGCCGAAGAACCCUACGCCUGCCGCUGCUGCUGUGACCAAAAGUAACGAGAGUGCUAUUCCACAAGUGAAGCCCUCGGUGGUGCCCAUCACACGCCGGUCAGCUGAGGUGAUGGGCCAGCUGGCGAACUCAGAUAAAGGAAAGGAGACGGUUGUCACCAGUGAUAACACCUUUUCCUCGAAAAAGUCGCGCGCACAGAUGGCAGAUAGCUACAACCCUAUAAUAAAAGAGCUGCUGCCAAAAAAGCCUGUGCUCGACCCAUAUGCGGUCCCGCAGUCGCAGUCAUACUUGCCGCCUCCCGCCUUGGAAAUGGGGCAAAAUACAUUGAAGCCGUACCUCAAGCCAGCCGGCCGUGCCGCGACCAGGAUGUCGGCCCAAGCUGCACCGUUAAAGGCAAUACCUCCGAAAUCCAUUUUGCUGCAGGGAGUUCAGAUUGGGAAGUACUUUCAGGCAGCCGACUUGAACUUUGGAAGGCCCAUUUCAGAUCAUUUGCGCCUCCACAUCAAGUUUGUACAGCAGUGUUUUGAGAUUUCAGGCCUGCGCGAUGGCAAGGAGCGCAUGCGAUUCAACGCCAGCGAGAUCGACGCGAUGGAGCACCGCGAGCAAGACGCUUUGGCCAUUUUGUGCAUAAUGCCCAAGGACACCAUGGAACAGCUGUUUGAGGAGUCGACGUUCGACCCGAGCAGUCCCAAUAAGGAACUGAGCCAGAUUGUGUUAUGCUGGUCGACCGAGUCGACAGUCAAUAAGCAGAUCAUGUCGCUGCUCUUGUCUUUGCUGAAGGGCACGGUUGCCACGUCUCCACUGGAUAUUGACAUAUACAAGAGGUACGUCGGCGAGUUUACCAAAAUGUCCAGCAUUGACCUGAUAUCCUCGUCUGACGACGAGCGCGCGGGCCUCGGUAAGCGGGACGACAGCAACAUUGACAACGAUGGUCUUGGGUUUUUGACAAAGCCUACGCUGUUUGGUGGAGUGAUUGGGUCGUCUAAAGCGGCUACGCCCAGCUCCAGGCGCAAGUCAACACCGUCUCGGUCAAGCAUUUGGAGCAUGGUUUCCACUGGAAGGCCAGAUAGCCCGUCAAAAGGCCGCUGCGACAACUCGGACGAUUCUGAUUCGAGCAUGAAUGUGUCCAGAACCCGCAGCAAGAGACGCGGAACUAUGGGGCCAUCCAUUGGAAAUUCGACUCCGCGUGUUUUUUCUUCCAUCUAUAACAAGUCGGGGUACGAGCUACGCAAUACCACUCGAGUUACCAUAUCUGAGCUGUCGCCGAACGAGGACGCUGAGCAUGGCGACUUGGUGCUGUCCGACAACGACAGGAAAGCCGAGGCCCUUCAGCACAAAUACCGGUGCUUGGACCAGACACGUCUGUUCGAGUAUCCACCAGGUGGCGCCAAGCGCAUCUCAGUCACUGGUUCGGACAUCUCCCGGCUGUUCGCGAACGAGUUCCUCAACGACACAAUCAUUGAGUUCUACAUGCGGUACAUCAGCGAAAACCUAAAAGUCAGCGACCCCGAGCUGUUCGAGCAGUGCUUUUUCUUCAACACCUUUUUCUUUCGCAAGCUGUCACAUCUUGAAAAGAGUCUUCCGCCGUCAGGGUCGAGGGAGAACCCAUUGGAGCAGGUACAUGGCCAGCUGAAGAAGUGGACGGCCAAUGUGAAUUUGUUCGACAAGAAGUACAUUUUUGUCCCAAUCAACGAGCGCCUCCACUGGUACCUGGCCAUUAUCGCGAACCCUGGGGAACUGCUGAAAAGGGCGACCAUUGUCGACGACGACAAGAGCGAUUCGGCUGUGGGCAACCCAGGCGGGUCAGCUGAAGAGCCCAUCGAUCAUCCAGCUGAGGAUAUAAUCCCCAAAGAUGACGCCCAGUCUGACAAGGAUGUUGACAUUGAAACCCGGACGAUUCCGACCAGCCGACCAACACGCUGAGCGAAUACUUUGGGAUCAAAUCCUCGUCAAAAGCAGUCGCAAAGUCGGUUUCCGCGUCCAAGCAUGCUAAUGGAGAUGCCGAGAUGAGAGGGGCCUCUUCACCACCACCCGAGACGUCAACUGAAGACCUGAUAAGGGCAGUUGCCGCCGCUAAGAGGCUGAAAAUGGCCAAUCAUGAACAAGGUCCCUCGAGUUUGGCGCCCGUGACUGCACCCUACAAGAUUGUCGACGACGUGGAUAUGCUCAGUGACGACCAAAAAGAACGCUGCAAAUCCGCCAGCCCGCGCUCGCACGAUGUUAUAGACUUAUCGUCGCCCUGCCCAAACCCGCGCGCAGGCGACAGACCCAGGACCAGGGGCACCGGCUUGACACAAGUCAAGCCCCCAGUGGUAUCUUUAGAAUUCAUGGGCGAGGUGGUGGAUAUCCCCAAGUCUAAAUAUAAAGACCCACUCACGAGGCCGAGCAUCAUUAUAUUGGACUCGCUCGGCAGUAAG